AUGAUAGAAAAUAUUACAGAAAUCAUUCAUAAUCCAGAUUAUCAUGAUGUUCUUGCUAUUGUUAAAGGCUUUCGUAAUGGAGCUGUUUAUGGAGCAAAAGUUAGAUUUCCUCAUGCUCUUGUCAUGACUUUAUUAUUUCGCUCUGAAAGUUUAAAGGAUAAACUUAUUCUUAUUUUUAAAGCUACAAAACAACAUUCAAAAAAUUUAGCAUUUUUUGUUACAACAUAUAAAACAAUGAUGUAUUUACAAAAACUUAUUGUUGGCAAAGAGCAAAAUGGACAUUCAUUCAUAGCAGGGUUAAUUGGUGGAUACUUGGUGUUUGGCGAAAAUAAUAAUGUCAAUCAACAAAUUGUACUUUAUGUAUUUGCUAGAAUUAUGAUUGGAUUAGCAAAACUACCAGUGUCUCACAAAGUAAUGAAUGAACCAAAUAAUUCGUUUCCUAUAUUUGCAGCUUUAGUAUGGGGAACUGUUAUGUGGUUGUUUCGUCAUAAUCGUGAUGUGUUGCAACCAUCUUUACAAUCAUCUAUGCAAUAUUUAUACCUCGACUCUGAUAAGUGGAAUUCCCUUAAAACUUUCUUGUGGCAUAAUAAAUAA